AUGUACUCCCUGUCGGAACUUCAAUCAGCAACAAACAGCUUCAGUGAAGGAAACCUUCUUGGAGAGGGAUCCCUUGGUUGUGUUCACAGAGCAGAGUUUCCAGAUGGAAUGAUUGUGGCUGUGAAAAGCAUUAAUACAGUACCUCUGUCCAUCAUUGAAGAAGAAGAAUUCCUAGAUGUGAUUCGGAAUGUAUCCCGAUUGAGGCACCCAAACAUAGUGACACUUCUUGGGUACUGCAUGGAGCAUGGCCAACAUCUCCUUGUGUAUGAAUAUAUCAGAAAUUUUUCUCUUGAUGAGGCCUUGCAUUGUGCCACGUACAAGCCACUAUCCUGGGGCCUGCGGGUUCAAAUUGCUCUUGGUGUAGCUAGAGCAUUGAAUUACAUGCAUUCCUCCUGCAUGCCUCCCAUAGCCCAUAGCAAUUUGAAGGCUUCUAACAUCCUACUCGAUGAAGAGCUCUUGCCCCACGUUUGUGACUGCAGCCUGGCUAUCCUGAGACCCCUGACCAGUAACAAUGUUAAGCUCAAGGCUUCAGAAAUGGCUAUUGCUGAUAGUGGCUACAUUGUACCUGAAAAUUUCCAACCUAUCCAGCCUGGGAUCGCUAACACAAAGGCUGAUGUGUAUGCAUUUGGAGUGCUGCUUUUAGAGCUUUUAACAGGAAGGAGGCCAUUCGAUUGUUCAAGACCAUUAUCAGAGCAAUCCUUGGUGAAAUGGGCUUCGUUCAGACUUCAUGACCGUGAGUCUUUGGGACAGAUGGUCGAUCCAGUCAUGACUGGAAAAUUUUCAUCCAAGUCUCUGUCACGUUUUGCUGACAUCGUCUCCCUCUGUAUUCAGCCUGAUCAGGAAUUCCGUCCCCCAAUAUCUGAAAUCGUGGAGUCUCUGUCAUGUCUGCUGCACAAGCCUGGCACAGCAGAUGAUGCUGAAGUUGACCCCUUCGACCGAUCAUUCCGCUCUACCAACGCCCGAUUCUUUGGAUCGCCAACUCUGAGCUACUACUCCAGCUGA